AAGAGACUCCGGGUUUUGAGAAAAGAAGGUGUCACAUGCACAAAGUGUGUAGUAGCUACAGAAAAAGAUAUAACCCUACACAGUGCACUCAUGCCCAGGUUAAUCACUGUUAGCUACAUACUUUGCCCACUUGAAACUUCAUCUAAGGAAAACGCUGUUUGGCCACAGUGUACAAACUGUUUGGCAUAUAUUCAAGUGGUACCUAUAAGUGUCAUUUUGCGGGUGAGACUGAGGAAGCUUUUUGUGAAAGUAGAUGUCAUUUUGUGUGUGAGAGGUUUUGUAUGUCUGCAUGGCUGCUGAUGUGAGUGAGAGAGAGUAGGAAUGUGUGUGAGAGUGGACGUCAUUCUCGGUGUGCGGCUGCGUGUGCAUAGGUGCUGGAGUUGUUGGACGCGCGCAUGUUGAAGCCAAUAUCGCGAUGGAGAAAGAAAACAGACGGCGGCGCGUGCCUAAGUCUGCGGCAUAACGCGCCGCUGCUGAGUCCGCAUCCAAUGUUACAGAUGCAAGAUAAAAACUAGUUAGUUAGCGUAAAAAUAAGCACCAAAUCUCAAAGAUUCGCGCCCGUUUUUUCAUAUAUAUAUUGCCAUAUAGCCCAAAUUUGAUUGUUUCAACAGCUUCACCUGGAGCAAUGUCUAGCAAAAGUUAAACACAUCUUAAUUUUCAUCUCCGGACUACACCUGGACUACAAGCGCACCCAGAACUCAACACAGUAAGAAAUCAGCUUAAAGGAAGGAGUCAGAGUCUGAUCAGAAUCGGUGACGUACAGCUACUUAUCCAGGACUUUCUUCUCUGAAGCUACUUAAGAGUUGCACCCCGACUCAGUGAAUUACUGGAGCAGAUCUGGUCCUCCACAGAGUUCCUGAACAUCCAAUGUCUAAAGACACCAUGUCAAAUAACUCUAUGGACAACUGCACCAUUUCUCAGGAGAACUAUGCGUUUGUGGCCGUAUAUUCUUUGGUCUUCCUUACCAGCCUGGUUCUAAACUUGACUGCCCUGGUGAUCUUCUUCCGCUCAGCCAAGUCUCGUUCCCACACCACUGUCUACAUGACCAACCUGGCACUGGCUGACCUGUUGCUAGUCUUAACUCUGCCCAUGCGGAUUUAUUACCACCUGGGAUAUAAGUUGCUGUCUUCCCGCCUGUGCGAAAUUCUUGGCCUGGUCCUCCUGGUCAACAUGUAUGGCAGCAUCUUCCUGUUGACAUGCAUGAGCUUUGAUCGCUGCAUGGCUGUCUGCUUCCCCAUGUCGUCCCGUGUCAAGGAGGCCCGGAAAAAGGCCCCUUUCGUGUGUUUGGGUGUCUGGAUGCUAACCAUCGGGGCUAGCCUUCCCGUAUACAUUUCCAAAGAGAUAAAGGAAACGAAGAGUAGCUUGAUCUGUUUUGGAAAUUCUCCAAUUUACGCCACGCAGCCUGGAGCUGUGGCCGCUACUCUUACCGUUGGCUUCACGAUUCCUCUCACCACCAUGCUGGUCUGCUCCUUCUUCAUGAUCCGCGCCAUUGAUCGUAGCACUGUGGCCAAGAUGAAAAUGAUCAACAGCCCGAAAAUUCAGCGCAUGGUCGCUGCCAACUUGACGGUCUUCCUGGUUUGCUUCCUGCCCUACCAUCUCUUGCUGGGCUUGCUCCCCAAAUACUCCAACCCCACCUUGUGUACUGCCUUCCAUUACAGCUUCUUAGUGGCCUGCCUCAAUGCUAGUCUGGACCCGAUCGCCUACUACUUCACCACAGAGACCUUCCAAGACAAAGUGGACAUGGAAAAUGUCUGGAGGAUGUUGCCUAAACAUAAUCACAUCUCUGAUAAAAAACAACAGUCUGAGGUUCCUCUAAAUACUUAAACCCCACCGGUAAAGUCCAGACCUCUCAAUUAUGGCUGGGGAACAUAUUGAAUAUAUUUGAUAUAUCACGGCUUAUUCUAAGAAUGCUAUACUAAAUGACAGAUUUUUUUAUAUUUAAUUGUAUAUGACACGUAUUGCCGCAUCACAAUUUACUGAAUUUUAUUGGCUUUCAAAAUACAGUACAUCUGUCACAAACGCUUUUCAAAGUACAGUACUGCACAUAUUAAAUUACUGUACAUACCGUACUAUUGUAGCUUAUUGUAGUUUUGCCGCUGCACUUGCCCGCCCACGGGCACGACUAUCCUGAGCCAAUGCUUGUGACGCAUAUGAAUGACACGUGUGUUUUUGAAUCUGGGAGGAAACCAGGGAGCCCCUUUAAGGUCACGGCGGGGGGGGGGGGGGGAAAUAACGGGCCUUGUCUGUAGUUUUGUGGAACGUGUCCCCUCAGCAUUUUCUGCCACUCCUGCUCUGUGUUCAGCCAAAUAUUCAGUUACAUAUGAAGGGGAAUUAUGCCAAAACAAAGCAGCACCACGGUUUUGUAUUAACCAAACACAAAAAUCUAAAUAAAUAAAUUAAUGGACUGAAAAGCUUUAAAUGAUCAUGUUUGGAGUUUAAAACAUUCAUUGAGGGACAGCAGGGACUUCUGUAGGCAGCAAAAAGGAUGAGAAAUGCACAUGGAAAAGAGGUGAGAAAUGUGAGUGUUAGGUUGUCCAGAUUCAUUAAGUUAAAAGGUUGUUUAUUAUAAUGUGUGUAAUACUGUUUUCAUUGCUAAGGGGAGUAUACCUUUGAACAUAUUAGGGUUAGGUUUUAUAAUAAAUUAUAAUUAGACAUUCCUGGUAUUAUUUUAUUAAUCAAAGAGCUAAAUCAAGCAUUUAUGAAGUGCUUUAGAAGAAAUUUCAAAACAUCAAGAUAUAUUGUGUAUUGCGACUAAAUGCAUAUCGAGCCUAAAUAUAUCAAGAUAUUACUAAUAGGCCAUAUUGCCCAGACCUACCCUCAUACUUACAAUUACAAUAACCACUCUUAUAUGAAAAUAUCAAAUAUUAACAGAGAUGAUUCAAGUUCAUUUCAACUGGGGGGGACAGACUGGGUCCAGUUUUUGUUAGGGUGGCCAAAUGUAUUUUACCUUAAUGUCCUCUAAGAAUUACUCUAGAUUGCCAGCAUUAAGAAGCAAAAGAUUACAGUUUUUACUGUAAAAUUUACAUUUUAUUAAAAUGAAUAUUGUGUAUAUACUGUAUAUUAUAUCAUAUUAAAAUAUUAAAGUAUAAAGAGCUAUUGUAUUGGAAUCUGUAUCGGUAUUGAAAAAAUGUGGAUCGGCCCAUCCUUACCUCUAACUAUAUUCAAAAACAAUAUGGCCAUUAUCAUAGCAGCUGUAUGGAGUGCUGAUGUACUUGAUGUAUAUAACUUAUGUAGCUUUUUCAGAGUUAUGCAGGUUGCUUUAGGUCAGCUUCCUUGGAUUGUGAAUAACUUGGUUUGUGAGUGUUUUGCAAGACGAGCAAAAAAUGUUCAUAAAUUUUAACUUGAUAAAAAGCGAGCUCUUGCAAUACGAGCAUUAUGUGCACGCUUUGUCUGCCAAGCGUCACGUAAUCACAACUGAGCCCAUGGUUCCUCUCUGUGGAAUUGUGGGUAAACAAGUGUUGUAUACUGAUAAAUAAUAUUCCAUAAUAACAGUAUUCUGUAUGUUAGUCUGCCAUCUGAAUGUAGUGUCUAUUGUAUGCAUUAAAAGUCUCCAGUUGAUUUUUUCUAUAUGUAGAGAAGGCACAGUGAGGCCAUUAUUCUCACUGAUUACAUAUCUUAAAAAUUACCUCUAGUGCAUGUAAAUUCCUGACCAAGACACUGUGAAGUUCCGCAGUUUUAGCCAACUCUUGUAUGUAGACAUUGUCGAUAUGUGAGACAAGCUGCAGCAACUUGCAUUUGGAUAAUUUUAUGUUUCUUAAUAAAUAUGGUUUGCUUAAAUAAA